AUGCUAGGAGGAAUAUUUAUUGCUCAUCUGAAAGCGAUACAAUCAGAACUGUCAUAUAGUUCUAAACCUCAAGAGUGGAAAUGUGAUGGCUUUGAUCUCAUAAUAUUUCAAAGGACAAUGGUCAUGAUUUUUGCUAUUGAGGAAAUAAACAAAGAUAAAAAUCUUCUUCCAAAUGUAACACUUGGCUAUAAAAUAUAUGACAACUGUAUGAAUGUACAGGUAGCCUUGAGAGGAGCCAUGUCUCUUAUUAGUAGUCCAGAAGAUGUUACAACAGAUUAUAACUGUAAUGGUCCACCGCCUGUUGUGGCUAUUGUUGGAGAUCCCCUCUCCACCCAUUCAAUUGCAAUAUCAAGAAUACUAGGAUUGUUCAAGAUGCCAAUGAUCAGCUACUGUGCUACGUGUUCUUGCUUAAGUGACAAGCGAGAAUUUCCUUCAUUUUUUAGGAUGAUUCCAAGCGAUGAUUUUCAAGUUAAAGCCAUUGCAAAGCUCAUUAAACAUUUUGGAUGGACAUGGAUUGGCAUUGUAGGAGUCGAUGAUGAUUAUGGACUUUACGCUGUUACAAGCUUUAUUGAGGAAGUUAAGAAAUUUGGCUGUGUGGCCUUUUCUGAAAGUUUUAAACUCAAUGAUAAUAUAAAAUUGACACAAAUAGUUAAAAUUGUAAAACAGUCAACAGCAACAGUGAUUAUUGCAUUUUUGGUAAAAGCAGCUGCAACCAUCAAUGAAAAUUUUAAGUCAUUUGGAGGAACAAUAGGCAUUCUUCCUAGAAGAGGAGUGAUUCCAGAGCUAGAAGAGUUUCUUCUUCAAACCCGCCCAACUUCUGACCAUGAAAAUAACUUAUUGACUCAGUUGUGGGAAAGAAUGUUUGAAUGCAGGUUCCAUGUAAAUAAUACUGCAUAUAACUCAUCACUGAAUCAAAGCAAUACAUGUACUGGUUUAGAAGACAUUAAGGGCAAAAACUCAGAAUAUAGUGAUGUAUCUGAAUUAAGGACUUCCUACAAUGUUUAUAAAACAGUAUAUUCCAUAGCACAUGCUCUUCAUAACCUAGCAUCUUGUGAAAAUGGUCAAGGACCUUUUGUCAACCAUACAUGUGCAGAUAUCACACGUGUUCAGCCCUGGCAGCUUUUUCAUUACUUAAAGAAAGUCAAUUUUAUAGAUCGCCUUGGUGAAAGAGUGGCUUAUGAUGAAAAUGGUGACCCGCUUCCAGCAUAUGAGUUUGUUAACUGGCAGCACUUAGAAGAUGGAACCAUGAUAACUAAAACAAUUGGAGUUUUUGAUGAAUCAUCCUCCACAGUGAAUGGACUUUUCCUCAAUGAAAAAGAUAUUUUCUGGAACUUUGCAUCUAGAAGUAUUCCUGAAUCGGUCUGCAGCAAAAGUUGUCAGCCUGGUACUAGAAAAGCCAUCAGGAAAGGCGAGCCAGUAUGCUGUUUUGAUUGUGUGCCAUGUGCUGAUGGUGAGAUAAGCAGUCAGGUCGAUUCAAUUGAGUGUUCAAGGUGCUUACCUGAUUUUUGGUCUAAUCAAGGAAAAAAUCAAUGCGUGCUUAAAGAAAUUGAAUUUUUGUCUUAUGAGGAUGUGAUGGGGAUUACUUUAACAGCAACUGCACUCCUGGGGACCUGCCUGUCAGUUGCAGUUUUGGCAGUCUUUAUACAGUACAGAAAUACUCCAGUUGUAAAAGCUAACAAUUCUGAACUGAGCUUCCUUUUGCUUGUGUCAUUAAAACUCUGCUUCCUUUGUGCUCUGUGCUUCAUUGGACAACCAUCACAACUGACAUGUAUAAUGAGACACUUGAUGUUUGGAAUUAGUUUUGCUUUAUGUAUUUCUUGUAUUCUUGUGAAAACAAUUGUUGUGAUAAUGGCAUUUAAUGCCACUCUGCCAGGGAAUAAUAUAAUGAAAUGGUUUGGUGUCUCCCAGCAGCGAGGUACAGUGUUCUUCUUCACUUUAAUCCAAGCAGUCAUAUGUUUAAUCUGGUUUUACACUUCCCCACCAGGACCUGCCAAAAAUAUCAAGUAUCAAAAUUCAAAAAUCAUAUUAGAAUGUGAUGUUGGGUCACAGACUGGAUUUAGCUGUCUUUUGGGAUACAUUGGAUUGUUGGCAUGUGUUUGUUUUCUGUCUGCUUUUCUAGCAAGAAACCUCCCUGACACUUUUAACGAAGCCAAAUUCAUAACUUUCAGCAUGCUCAUCUUCUGUGCAGUUUGGAUCACCUUUAUACCUGCUUAUAUCAGCACUCCGGGAAAAUAUACCGUAGCGGUGGAGAUUUUUGCUAUUUUGGCUUCAGCCUUUGGUAUUCUUUUGGCAAUAUUUACUCCCAAAUGUUAUGUAAUUUUGUUGAAACCAGAGAGAAACACAAAAAAAGCUCUAAUGGAAAAAUCCAUUGCUGACAAAUGCCAUUAAAUGUGCAAUAAGAUACAGCAAAUUAAAACUUUAAUAUCUUA